UGUCUGACUCUGACUGGUUGUCGUCUCCCUGCAGUAAACAGGAAGUUGAAGUACAUCAGCCUGGCGGUGCUCGUGGUCCAGAAUGCGUCGCUCAUCCUCAGCAUCCGAUACGUCCGCACGUUGCCGGGCGACCGCUUCUUCACGACGUCAGCCGUCGUCAUGGCGGAGGUCCUGAAGGUCCUGACGUGUCUGCUCAUCAUCCUGCUGCAGAAGAGAUUCAAUGUGAAGCAGACGGUGUUGUUCCUGGUCGACUCCAUCGUCUUCCAGUACAGAGACACGCUGAAACUGGCCGUCCCGUCUCUCAUCUACACGCUGCAGAACAACCUGCAGUACAUCGCCAUCUCCAACCUGCCGGCCGCCACUUUCCAGGUCAGCCCCGAGGGACGGGGGACACGGCCGGGGACACACGCCACUUAUAUCAAGCACAAAAGCUUAAAGGGACGGGGGACACACGGCCGGGGACACACGCCACUUAUAUCAAGCACAAGAGCUUAAAGGGACGGG